AUGGGUAAUGGUGCCUGUCAUUAAUAAGUUCCUUCUAUAGAUGAGGUAAAUUUAGUAGCUAGAAACUUUAAAUAACAAUUUGAGCCUUGCAAUAGUUAAUGUAUGUUACCUCUAUUGAAUUCCUAAUCUCAAAGUCCAUCUAAACCAUGUAUAGAAUCUAAAAAUCCUACUAUUGCUAGAUUAGAGGAAGAAGAAUUUGAAAUUUUAAUGACUAAUGAAGAUAAGUAAGAUGAAGAUUAAUCGCCUGUUAAAAAUAGUAAAUUAUCUAGAGCUUAGUCUCCUACUAAAUUUAUCAAGACUAAAAAUCUCUAUAAGAAGGAAGAGAUUUAUUUUUUGGGAAUGCUGAAAUAAGAUAAAACAAUUAUCAAUAGAAGAAAAUCUGCUGAUAGGUAACUAAGUCCAGUCAAGGUCAUACAUACAAAUCAUUAAAAGAAACAUAACACAGCAUUAUUAAUACAUAGUCCUGAUUAGAGAUCAAAUAAACUUAUCAAAAUGAAUAGGUUAUCUUGUUAAUUAGAUGAAGCUGUCAUUAUAUCUCAAGAACCUAAAUCUAUUUUGAAAUCUAUUGGAUCUGAAAAAUCAAUAACCAAUUCUCAAAAAAGUAAAACCAAUAGUCAAAAAAGAGUAAGAUUUGGCAUGGUAUAUCGGUAAUACAAAUGA